ACCGGAAGUGUUCUGAAGUCCUUUAGUCCCCAAUGUUGUUUAUCUUCAUACUGGCAGACAUCUCUCUCUAGUUCGAGGUGUAUUUUACAGCUCAUAAAAAAUAAUAACAUAGGAAGAUGGAAGAAGAUGUUUUAACAACACUGAAAAUAUUAAUAAUUGGAGAGAGUGGCGUUGGGAAGUCCAGUCUUCUUUUGAGAUUCACAGAUGACACAUUUGACCCGGAAUUAGCAGCAACAAUAGGUGUAGACUUCAAAGUGAAGACGAUAUCAGUGGACGGUAACAAGGCCAAGUUGGCAAUAUGGGACACAGCUGGCCAGGAACGCUUCCGAACUCUGACGCCUAGUUAUUACCGGGGUGCACAGGGAGUCAUCCUGGUGUACGACGUAACACGACGGGAUACAUUCACCAAACUGGACAACUGGCUCAAUGAGUUGGAGACGUACUGUACAAGGAAUGACCUCGUCAAGAUGCUGGUUGGGAACAAAAUAGAUAAGGAAAACCAUGAACUAGACAGGAACGAAGGACUGAAGUUUGCAAGAAAACAUUCCAUGCUGUUUAUAGAGGCCAGCGCUAAGACGCGGGACGGGGUGCAGUGUGCAUUUGAGGAGCUAGUAGAGAAGAUCAUCCAAACCCCAGGACUGUGGGAGAGCGAGACCCAGGGCCGAGGGGUCCAGCUGGGCCGGCAGGACCAAGCUGCAGGAGGGAGCUGUGGGGGUUACUGCUCACUAGUAUAGACAACACUCAUCCACACACACACACACACUUGGAAGCAUCAUACCAUACACUCACACUGAUGGCCAUGUCCAGAGAAGAUGACUAUUACUGGGACUCAGCCUAUUCCCCCAUCUGCCCUUGUGUUGGAGGCAGGGCUGCCCCCCGACCAGCACUCUCUGCUCACUGACUGUGAUAAUUUGUAGGGACAUUGCUGUUUACACGCUUCCUGGUAUCAUGCCCAUCCCCGGUCCUCAUCCCUGGUCCUCAUCCCCGGACCUCAUCGCCGGUCCUCUUCCCUGUUUUAUGUCUGUCUUUCCGUCCACAGACAGGAAUGCAGAAAGUUCAGUGAGUUUAACUCAUAGCAGGAUUCCUAUUUAGUGAAAUAUUCCUGAAAUAUGAAGUCCUAACCAACACCUGUUAUGUUUUUUCUAUGACAGUUCUUUGCCCUCCUCUUCUAACACCAUAUUAGUUAGUUGUUCCCUCUUAGUUUUCUCUUACCUUUUCCUCCUGGUAAGGCAAGCAUCUGCCCUGUGUCAUCAUGCAGCCCUUUUGUCCUCCUGUGCCCCCCUCCCACACACACACACACACACACACUCAAAAUGGCAUUAUGUUUGGAGAGCCUUUUAUAUACCCUCUCACUCCACAUCUUGAGCCGUUCUCCUCUCUCUCCCUCACUCUUUUUGUUGUCCAAACUCCCCCUUUUGUUUGAAAAUAAUGGCGUUACCAAGUUUCUGGAACACACUUUUACUGCUUUUAUUGACUUGGAUUCCAAACUUUCAGUGCAUUUUGAAGGGUUUAUAAAUCAAACAGAUUGGCAUGAAGGAGUUUACUUUCCAUUGUGUGGGUUAUGAAAAAGCAACUGAACAAAUGGAGGUUGCACGCCUUGUUUUGUUGCUAGUUGUUCUAAUGGGCUAUGACCGACCUGGUUAUCUGCCAGUCAGACAGGUAAUGCUAAUAUCAGCGCUGCUUCAGUCUGGCUUCAGCAGCAUAUGAUGCAGCCCUAUGUUUAAAAAAAAAAUAAUACAAAAGCAAAGGUUUUCUCUCUUAAAGAAUACAAUGACUCAUAUGGGUGUUUCUGCUGAAGACUAAAAUCAAAGAAUGAGGAUUAAGCCCUUUACAAAUGGCUUUUGCAGAGUUCUCUCUGUCUCCGUCGUCUUGACUAUUUUUUGUCUCUACACGUCUCAAAACCCAUUGGAUUGCAAAGCUUCUGUGACUUUGUAUUACACAGCUGAGAAGAAUCCAGUGUACUGUUCCUUUUCAUUUUUACCAUUACUAUAGUUCAUUGCCAGAAUGUGGUAGAGUAAUGUAGUUUUGGAUGACUUAACAGAUGACUGUCUAAGAAAAUCAAUACAGUGAGUGGCAAAAGGAUCAAUAAAUUAAUCAAACAAAAACACACUUGUGACUUGAAUAAUGCAAUUCAUUUAAAAAAUUGUAAUACUAAAAUAAAUGAGAAAUUAAAAUGAUCAAGUCCUUCCUUUUUAAAAAUAACUAAACCGCAGUUGCAAUUAAACAUUUAAUUCCGGAGGUUUUUCAUAUUUUGUCUCAAAAUCGUACAAACAAAAUAAAAUGCAUGUCAUAUUAAUUGGACUUGGCCUAUACAUUGUUUUGUAACAAAUUGCAAAAAGCUUCAGAAUGUAUGUUGUGCCUUAUUAGAUUCUACUUCCCUCAUGGAGGCUGGAUUAUUGCGCACACGCUGGAAAGGGAAAACCGAAGAGCGUAAUUGGGCCUGACACCAGAGGUAUUCGACACUCUCCUCAGGGACCCCCGGCCAUUCCAUGUUUUGGAUCUAUUCCAGCACUAGUGCACCUGAUUAGACUUGUCAGAUAACCAUCAAGCCAGUGAUUAGUGAAUUAGCUGUGCUUGUUCAGUGCAACAACAGCAUUGUGAAAUGUUUGGAGGUCCUUCAGGGGAGAGGUGAAUUCCUGGGCGCUACACCUUUGGUCAUUUUCACUCUCUCAACUUUGGAACACAAGUGCAAAUGGAGGACGCCCAGGAACGCCUUAACAGCGUGUCGAAGGCGAGGUGAAGGUGUUCAUUAGUAGCAGUAUAUUUGUGGCAGGAGGGACUUGGAUGUUUUUACUGUAUGUCUAAUCAUAUAUAAGUAUUUCUCUUCUUUUUUUUUUAUUGCAUGGAUAUCUUUAUUUGGGCCUUUUUAUGUUUACUCUGAAUGACAACCCUCAAAAUGAAUUCUAAUUUGAAAAUAAGGGUGCCAUUUCUGACAUUAUAUUCAACGGGAUAAAUCCCACAUACUCAACACUACAGUUACAUUACCUGCAUCUGAAACCUUUCAAACAGGUUCAUAAAGUAUUUCUAUGUAGGCCGCUGUAAUCUAUUUGUUAUGAAUGAACUACGGUAGUCGUCUGCUCAAUGAUAAGACUGAUGUUUUUUUGUUUAUAUGCGCCAACUGAGUGUGUGUAUUUAGGAAUACAUUCGAGAAUAUGUAUAACACCUCUAUAGAUUGUAAAAUUUGAAUGUGUACAAAUUACAAUUAUAAAACCGCCCUGUAUAAUAAAGUGAAUAAAAUACUUUUUAAAGCA